AUGAUCGAUGCGGCGCCGCCAUCAUCGACAAAAUGUAGUCGAAAGACAGCGUUGGCAAUUCACUUCACACUAUCACUUAUCGCAUUUCUUCUAUGCCUCCUCGGCUUGAUCUCACCGUCAUGGCAACAAGUGAAUCUGGAGAAUGGGCGGACCGAACAUCAUCAUGGACUCUGGUUGGACUGUAAAAGAGACUACUCGUUUGAUUAUGGACGGUCCAGGGAGUACUAUGAAACUCUUUAUAGAAUCCCAAACACCAACCUCAACUUCCCAAUUUUUUCCAGACGUGACAUGCAGGGAUCUCCAUUCGCCGCAUUCUUCCUACCUCAACUUCAAUGUGUCUACAAGUUUGACUACUACAUCGACCAAGAGGAUCUCUACGAUCAUAAUCAUGACGAGAAUCGCAUACAGAAUGACGCAUAUCAACACUUGUUUUUGGGUUGGAAAAUUGCUGCACUUGUCGGAGUUGGAGUCGGUGUACUUUUCGCCGGAUGUGCAGUACUUAUGGGUGUUUGUGCAUUUUGCCAUCGAACUUUUAUCUGUGCCUGCACAGUGGUUAUCACUAUUGCAACUCUUCUCUCAAUCCUUGGCAACGCAAUAUUCUACUUCUGGGGUAACACCCAGGACAAUAAAGUCAUUAAAGAAGAAGAUGAAAACGAGACGUAUGAACAAAUCCUGGGUUGGGCAUUCUAUUGUCAUCUUCUCGGAACGCUACUCCUCGGUUUCUGCUCAAUCAUGGGAUGUUGUGUAACGAGCAUCUCAACCAGCAAAAGUACAUCUCAGCUAGUAUCAAUAGAAUUGGUUGAGAAUGGAGAUGGAUCUGAAUUGCUGUCGUCGAAUGGGCAAAACUUCAAAAGAUCGUUCUCGGCGGUUUACCGAGUGGAUUCGUCGGCAUUGAGACAGUGGGAGAAGUCUUAUUUGAAGAAUGCAAUGGAUAAGGGAGAUGUGGAUCAGAGUUUCAAACGCACCGCUUCCGUCCCCAACUUCUCCAAGAACCAUCGAAAGUCCCGUCGAGCCAAACGCCAGCAAUCCGGCCACGACUUCUUCUCAUCCACAUCAAACAUCACUGAAAUCUCUCACUUCGGAUCCAACAUCACAAUGAACACCCAAAUGACCCAGCAAACCAGAGACACUACACAAACUGCUCCGGCCGCGGUUCCUUGUCCAGUACCUCCUGGUCCUAAACCGCUGAAAUCGGCAUUAAAGACGCCCACGCAAGUGAGGAGAGAUUUGAUUAUAGCGCCACCGGAACCAGCGGUGAAUACCUAUGAGUAUUGUGAUUCAACGAUUGGUGUGUCGAGUUUCUUGGGAUCGAGAACUCCAACUCGCCCCAACCACCCUUACGACGAGGUAUACGAAACGAUACCCGGAGAGGACUACCUGGAACCUAAGAGUGCCAGAAACAACCGUCUAUCCAAUUCCACUCUAAGCACGACCGACAUGGAGCACACCCAAAAAAUGCUCCAAAAAACCCUUCCACCAGUCCACGGAUCCUCUCAAUCCAUUCCUCUUCCACAAAAACUACCUCCAAAGUCUACAGUAAUCGAUGACGUGGCGCCACCACGACCAGUAUCGUUUAAUGAGGAUCCAAGGGAUCGAGACAUCAAUUUGUUCCGGAUUCGAGAACGCACUAGAAUUGAGAAAGAGGAGAGGGAGAAGUUUAUAAAAACUGCGAUGCUCCCGCCGCCACCGAUAUUGCCAGUGAAGCCUGCGAAAAGUAUUAGGGAUAUUGGAAUAGACCUGUCGAAGGAGAGUAUGGGCUCUUGUAAAGUGGAAGAGCCAAGGAUAGGAGCAAUGAUUCCACCAAAUCUGGACGAUAGAGGGAGCUACGCGGUUCAUAAUCCAGGAUACGAUGACUCCGACGACUUCCCACCACCACCAUCCGAAAUUGGACUCAACACAUUUGCCACCAAACAAAAGUCAAUAACCAACCUCUCGUUCCGUGGAAUCUCAGCGGCCCAACAUAUCUUUGACAGAUCAGAAAGUCUAGUUUCCGUAUCUUCCAGUGCUAGUAAUCAGAAAAAUAAUGAAGUAAAUCGAAGGAAUCCGUUGACGAGCAUUUCACAGCAUUCACUAGUGAAUAGGAGAUUGUUGAAUGUGAUGCCGGAUGAGGUGGACCGCUCUGUUGGAUCCUCUACAAUCCUGGAGAACGACGUUCAAGACUCCCCAGCUUCAUAUGUUCAGGAUGCAGAAGUCAGGCUGAACUUGUUCAUGAAAGACAAGAAUAAUCAGGAUGAAACUACUGUGUAG